ACGAGUAAUCGGAAAAGCCUUAUCCUGACCAGUACGUCUCCCACACUGCCCAGGCCUCACUCCCCGCUGCCUGGACACAUAGGAAGUAGCCCAUUGGACAGCCCACGCAACUUCUCACCAAGUGGACCCGCCCACUUCUCCUUCGCCUCUUCAAGAAGGCCCGACGGUCGUAGAUGGUCUCUUGCUUCGCUUCCGUCCUCAGGAUAUGGCACCAAUACACCCAGUUCAACGUCCUCCAGCUCGUCCCAGGAACGUCUGCACCAGCUACCCUUCCAGCCCACCAUGGAUGAACUCCACUUUCUGUCCAAGCAUUUUGGCAGCACAGAGAGCAUCACAGACGAUGAUGGGGGCCGCCGGUCACCACACGUCCGUCCUCGCUCUCGGAGCCUUAGCCCGGGGCGCUCGCCAUCCUGCUACGACAAUGAAAUAGUGAUGAUGAACCAUGUGUACAAGGAGCGCUUCCCCAAGGCCACAGCUCAGAUGGAAGAGAGGCUGGCAGAGUUCAUCCACAACUACUCCCCAGAGAGCGUUCUGCCUCUGGCUGAUGGCGUCCUCAGCUUCAUCCAUCACCAGAUAGCCGAGCUCUCCCGGGACUGUCUGACCAAAUCGCGAGAGGGUCUCAUUACCAGUGUUUAUUUCUGCGAACUCCAGGAAAACUUAGAGAAACUACUGCACGACGCAUACGAGCGCUCGGAAAGUUCGGAGCUCACCUUCGUCAUCGAGCUGGUCAAAAAACUCUUUAUCAUCAUUUCUCGGCCAGCCAGACUGCUGGAGUGCUUGGAGUUUAAUCCAGAGGAAUUCUACCAUCUGUUGGAGGCAGCGGAGGACCACGCCAAGGAAGGCCAGUUGAUGAAGGCGGACAUCCCUCGAUAUAUUAUCAGCCAGCUAGGGCUCACCAGGGACCCUCUUGAAGAUAUCGUGAGCCUGGACAGCUAUGACAGCGAAGGUCAGCACACGCCUGAGACUGACGACUCAACAGAGGGUAAGGGGAGAGCCAUCAAACCACCAAGUGAGGAAGACUUUCAAAGCAUCAAACUGAUCAGCAAUGGCGCUUACGGGGCUGUCUACUUAGUGCGACACAGAGAGACCCGGCAGCGCUUUGCCAUGAAGAAGAUAAACAAGCAGAAUCUCAUCUUGAGGAACCAAAUCCAGCAGGCCUUUGUGGAGAGAGACAUUCUCACCUUUGCGGAGAACCCCUUUGUGGUUUCCAUGUUUUGUUCCUUUGAAACACGCAGGCACUUGUGCAUGGUGCUGGAGUAUGUCGAGGGUGGUGACUGUGCCACUUUGUUGAAGAACAUUGGGGCUCUUCCAUUGGAGCUGGCCAGGAUGUACUUUGCAGAAACCGUAUUGGCCCUAGAGUACCUGCACAACUAUGGCAUUGUUCACAGAGACUUGAAGCCAGACAAUCUAUUAAUCACCUCCAUGGGCCACAUCAAGCUGACAGACUUUGGUUUGUCCAAAAUGGGCCUGAUGAGCCUCACCACCAACCUUUAUGAAGGGCACAUUGAGAAAGACGCCAGAGAGUUCCUGGAUAAGCAGGUGUGCGGUACACCAGAGUACAUCGCCCCUGAGGUGAUUCUCCGUCAAGGCUAUGGAAAGCCAGUGGAUUGGUGGGCUAUGGGCAUCAUCCUCUAUGAGUUCCUUGUGGGUUGUGUGCCUUUCUUUGGAGACACUCCUGAAGAGUUGUUUGGACAGGUCAUUACUGAUGAUAUGGUUUGGCCCGAUGGUGAUGAUGCCUUACCGGAGGAAGCUCAAGCCCUUAUCUCCACCCUGCUGCAGACUAACCCUCUAAUGAGGCUUGGCACAGGUGGAGCGUUUGAAGUAAAGGAGCACCCAUUCUUCACGGAGCUUGAUUGGAACAGUUUGCUGCGACAGAAAGCUGAGUUCGUCCCUCACCUGGAGUCAGAGGAGGACACUAGCUACUUUGAUACACGCUCCGAUCGUUACCACCACAUCAACACGUACGACGGGGACGACACCAACGAUGAUGAGCCAGUGGAGAUCAGACAAUUUUCCUCCUGCUCCCCUCGAUUUAGCAAGGUGUACAGCAGUAUGGAGCAUCUCUCUCAACUGGAGCAGAAGGUUUCCACCUCCGUGUCGCGUCGGGAGCACAGGGGCUCCAGGGAGGAUAAGGUGACCAAAAGAGAGAGCCUGGGAAGCUUCAGCAUGAGGGAUAAAGGCUGGAGGACAGGAUCUCCUGAAAUGAAACGCCUUUCGUGCUCAGAGUCACUUUACAUGGAGGGUGACGCCAGUCCUCCUUUGGGUGCACGGCGACGAUUUUCAGCAUUGAUGGACACGCAUCGCUUUGCUUCCCCCAUUGAGGGUGAACCUGAGUUUUCAUCAAGACCAGCCCCCAUCAGGGUCCGGGGAACUUCCCUAGACGGCACCGGUAUUCCAUCAACACAUCACGGGGAGCCGAGGAACAGUUUAAAAGAGAUUAACGGAGCAGACAAGUCACCUAAGCAAGGAGAUACACCUGGAGUUGUGAGCAUUAACACGUUAGGUCCAGCAACUGCAGCAGUCGGUCGCGAUGUAAUGACCCCGCUUUAUGACCCUCUUGGGGCCCGGGCCACCAAUGACCUGGUCCUCCGGAGGACGCGUCACUCGCAUUUGUCUGGAGAUGGGGAGAAACGAAACUCCAGAGCUGGCAACAAAGUCAUCAAAUCUGCCUCGGCCACAGCCCUGUCUGUCAUCAUACCGUCUGUGGACCAGCAUGGUGGCUUCUCUCCAUUGGCUAGCCCCAUGUCCCCCCACUCAUUCUCCUCCAAUCCCUCCUCCCGUGACUCUUCGCCCAGUCGAGACUUCUUCCCAACUGUCAGUGUGCUGCGCUCGCCCAUCACCAUCCAUCGCUCCGGCAAGAAAUACGGUUUCACCCUCAGGGCCAUCAGAGUGUAUAUAGGAGACAGCGAUAUCUACAGCGUGCAUCAUAUAGUCUGGCAUGUGGAGGAAGGUGGUCCAGCCCAAGAAGCUGGUCUCUGUGCAGGCGACCUUAUCACUCAUGUGAAUGGUGAGCCGGUCCAUGGUCUAGUCCACACUGAGGUGGUCGAGCUUAUCCUCAAGAGCGGCAACAAGGUGACAGUGACAACCACGCCAUUCGAGAACACCUCCAUUAAAGUGGGCCCAGCACGCAAGGCAAGUUAUAAGUGUAAGAUGGCCAGAAGACACAAGAGGACCAUGGGCAAAGAUGGCCAGGACAGUAAGAAGCGGAGCUCUCUGUUCCGAAAGAUCACGAAGCAGUCCAAUCUACUCCACACAAGCCGGAGUUUAUCCUCUUUGAAUCGCUCGCUGUCUUCCAGUGAGAGUCUUCCCGGGUCACCUACUCAUAGCCUCUCCGCCCGGUCUCCGACUCAGGGGUACCGUUCCUCUGCUGAGCCAUCAUACCUGGGUGCUUCAUCUCAAAGCAGCUCACCAGCCUCCAGCACUCCAAACUCUCCUGCUCCCUCCCAGCACAUGAGGCCUAGUUCCCUCCACGGCCUCUCCCCCAAACUCCACCGCCAGUACCGCUCUGCCCGUUGCAAGUCUGCCGGCAACAUUCCCUUAUCCCCCUUGGCCCACACCCCGUCUCCUACCCAGUCCUCACCUCCUCCCUUACCGGGCCAUACAGUGGGAAGCUCCAACACCACUCAGUCCUUCCCUGUCAAGCUCCACUCUUCGCCCCCCGUGGUACGUCCCAGACCGAAGAGCGCAGAACCCCCGCGCUCGCCCCUGCUGAAGCGCGUACAAUCGGCAGAGAAGCUGGGCUCGCCUUUGACGCAGUCCAGUGCAACAGGAGGACUCGGUGGUCCGUUGAGGAAGCACAGCCUUGAAGUGCAGCAUUCUGAGUACCGCAAGGAUGCCUUCCUGUGUGAAUUGGGCCUCCAGAGUCUGCUGGAAACAGAUGGGGAGAGUUUGCCUCCUAAUCCUCCACCCCUGCCGAGCUCCUCGUCCUCCACAGCCUCAGAGACUCGUGUUCUGAAGCCCGUGAGGAGAUUAGGCAGGCAAGAGUCACCGCUCAGUAGGGAGACGCUGCUCGCUGGCAGAGAGAGGGAAGAAAAAGAAAGGGGAAGGGAGCGAGAGAGGGACACCGGAAGCGAGUCGGUCCUGGAGAGACUGAGCCGGGUUGAAGCAGCGGCACUCCAGAUGUCCUUAGCAAGAAGACAACAAACAGAGCCCUUGAGUUCAAGAGCUAGUGGGGAAACUACAACUACAAGCAACAGUACCAAAACAGUAGAAGGUAUAGAUGCGCACAAGGGCUCUGAAAAGAUCACCCAGCGCCCAACUCCCAAGCAACUAGACCUCAAGGCAGCCAAAAGUUUGCUAUUUGGUUGCAAAUCGCCUCAAGAGCACCUUGCAAGGGAACCAAAGCGGGAAGGAGAAACUAAUAACGGUCCUUGUGUACGAAAGAACUCUGCUGCUACUCCUGACAAAAUCAUCAACACUGCACUGAUGGGUAGUCCACUCACAUUGCGGAAAGCCUUUAAACCGUCAGGUAUGGGAGACAGUUUAAGAAAAUCCGAGAGUGGUGACUCAAGGACUUCAGAUCUGAGCUCAAAGAGCCCCAAAUUGCCAGCUCGUAUACUCGCCCCUGCGGUCCCACCACACGGUCCGCAACUGAGUCUUGGCAAAGUCAGACAGGGUCUGGGGCCCGUCAACUGCUAUCGUGGAACUCUGGACUGGGAUGACAAAUGUCGCCUCGAGGUUCUGGAGGAGCAUUCGCCCUCUCCCUCGCCAUCCCCGACCGCGGUCACGCCCUCCCUCUGUGGACCGUCACUGUGUAAGUCACGGCCCGUCUCUCCCGGUGACAAGACGAGCUUCGUCAGCCAGCUGACUACCGUGGCCAAGAACGUGCUGGGCCCAAUCAAGCUGGGAUCCCAGGAGGGCUCCAGGAGCAAAGAGCAACAGACCAAGGCGGCAGACGACAAGCAGCCAGCCACAGCGGGAAGAUCUGACCUCACAGGAGGUAGUCGAGGACCAGUGGCCACGGUGACGCAUAGCCCUGCAAGUUCAUCCAUAGAAAAGGCACACCAACCAAAAUGUGAUCCCCUGGCGGAACUGAAACCACAGACUUAA